AUGAAGCACUGUAUCCAGUGGCCUUUAACACGACGGUGCCUGAAUCUGACAGACGGCUUCCCCGCAUCCACCGCGGCCAUCGCCGUCCCCGACCCCGACGGCGCUCGCAUCGGCUCAGGCGCCGCCACGCUCCACGCCGUCGCCGCCCUUGCCCGCCACCUCGCCGCCCAGGCUUCCAAGGAAGAGAUCGGCGAAUUCCUUUCCGAAGCAGCAAAUGGUGGUUCGGGGGAUGAGUCCGCGAUCGCAGCGGCAGCGGGCUUCAUGGCGAAGAAGCACGUGCUCUUGCUUCACGCCGGGGGCGACAGCAAGAGGGUUCCGUGGGCGAACCCCAUGGGGAAGGCGUUUCUCCCUCUGCCUUACUUGGCCGGAGACAAUCCCGAUGGACCUGUUCCGCUUCUGUUCGAUCACAUUCUUGCCAUCUCCUCCAGUGCAUGGCAAGCUUUCAACAACCAAGGUGGGAUCUUCAUAAUGACCGGGGAUGUUCUCCCGUGCUUUGAUGCCUCCAACCUGUAUCUUCCUGACAACGCCGCUUGUAUUGUGACGGUGCCCACCACUCUGGAUGUGGCUGCUAAUCAUGGAGUGGUUGUAGCAUCAAAGGACGGUGGGAUUGAUCAGGAGACCUAUUCGCUACGCUUGGUUGAUGAUAUCCUGCAGAAGCCGACAGUGAGCGAGCUUGUAGAGGGCCGUGCCAUCCUAGAUGAUGGCAGAGCAUUGCUUGACACAGGAAUAAUAGCAGCAAGGGGACUUGUAGGUCGAAGGCAUAUGUGCUCACUACCAGAGACCACUGCUUGUGAUAUUGCAGCGACAGCUAUUAUUUUGUCUACCAAGAUUUCUUCUGGGGUCUCAAUAGGAGAGGAUUCAUUGGUUUAUGAUUCAGUACUUCGUGGUAGAAUAAGGAUUGGCUCGCAAUGUAUUGUUGUUGCAGUGAAUAUAAGUGAGUUUCAUGGGUACAAUCCUCCGAUACUCAAUGGUAGCACUUGUUUCACAUUGCCUGAUCGACAUUGCCUCUGGGAAGUACCUUUGGUAAACUCUGCGGGAAGAGUUUUGCUUUACUGUGGUCUUCACGAUAAUCCAAAAGUUUCUAUUAAGAGGGAUGGGACGUUCUGUGGCGAGCCAUGGAUAAAUGUAUUGGAAGAUCUUAGAAUCCAGGAUUCGGAUUUGUGGGAUUCAACUAGCCAGGACAAAUGCUUAUGGACUGCAAAGCUUUUUCCUGUCAUGUCUCUCCCAGAAAUGCUUAAUGUGGGCAUGUGGCUUAUGGGAUCAGCAUGUGACGCAGAUGGGAAAAUAGCUUCCUUGUGGAGAAAAUCACAGAGGAUCAGCUUGGAAGAGCUGCAUCAUGCUAUUGAUUACAGACAACUUUGCACCGAGUCGAGCAAGCAUCAGGCAGAUCUUGCAGCUGACAUAGCCAAGGCUUGUAUGAACUAUGGGUUACUCCGGCGUAAUCUGUUUCAACUUUGUGAGGAAAUGUUACAAAAGGAUACACGUUUAGCAGUCUAUGAAGAAUUACUUCCAUUUUUUCCAAGUCACAGAGAUCAGUAUCCUGGGGUUCUUCCUCAGAGCAGAGAAUAUCAGGUCAAGAUGGAUCUGCUUAGAGCUUCUGGAGAUCUUUCCACUGCAUGUGUGGUGGAAGAGAAAGUGUGGGCUUCCAUAGCAAGCGAAACUGCGUCGGCGAUAAAAUAUGGGUCGAAAGAGCCAUCAAGCGGCAACAUGUCUUCAAACCAUGGAAACCUGCAUCCCAGGAAGGCUGUUGUAGAAUUACCAGUCCGUGUGGACUUUGUUGGGGGUUGGAGUGAUACUCCUCCGUGGAGGUUGGAGCGUCCAGGUUGUGUUUUGAAUAUGGCAAUAAGCUUGCAAGGAAGCCUUCCAGUUGGCGCUAUGAUAGAGACAACAGAAGACCACCUUGGAGUAAGAAUCGAAGAUGAUGCUGGUAAGGCUCGCCCACCAAGUCCUGCAGAAAGUUGUGAGUCGGUACCUCCGUCGCGACAACAUCUUGAUAUCCAGCAUCAAGAGGCUUGCCGAAUUAGCAAAAUCGGGAGAGAAGCCCUGAUGAAUGGUGAAUUGGACGAGCUCGGCGGCAUGUUGCUGGAGGCCUGGAGGCUGCAUCAGGAGCUAGACCCUUUCUGCAGCAACAGGCUUGUGGACGAGCUGUUUGCUUUCGCCGACCCUUACUGCUGCGGCUACAAGCUAGUUGGAACCGGUGGCGGUGGCUUUGCGUUGCUGCUUGCCAAGAACGCGAUCUGCGCCAAAGAACUUAGACGGGCACUUGAAGAGUCUACCACCUUCGAUGUGAAGGUGUACGAUUGGAACAUCGCCUUGCCACGGUGA